AUGUACCAGAGCCCCGUACGCUGCCUCUGCUCGGCGCUGCCCGCACUCUGCUGCGCCCCCGCCGCUGCUUCGGCCUCCCUCCUACCGCCGCGGCCCCGCUGCUCCCUACCGCCACUCGGCCCAGCCGCCCUGCGGGCAGCAGCGCCGGGAGGCCCGCCCGCCCCGGGGGCACUGCCCCGCACAGUGUGUUCCAUGGGAAACAGCACCAGCCGGCUCUACAGCGCACUCGCCAAGACGCUGAGCAGCGGCACCGUGUCCCAGCACCAGGACUGCCUGGAGCAGCCAGACUCGGCACAGCUGGAUCCUAUAGACCCCAAGGAUUUGCUAGAGGAAUGCCAGAUGGUGCUGCAGAAACGGCCCCCCCGCUUCCAGAGGAGCUUUGUGAACCUGCGGAAAAACACUGCCAGUAACCACCGCCCCAUUCGGGUCAUGCAGUGGAACAUCCUUGCCCAAGCUCUGGGAGAAGGCAAAGACAACUUUGUUCAGUGCCCCAUGGAAGCUCUGAAAUGGGAAGAGAGGAAAUGCCUCAUCCUGGAGGAAAUCCUUGCAUACAAGCCUGACAUCUUGUGCCUGCAAGAAGUUGACCACUACUUUGACACCUUUGAGCCACUCCUCAGCCGACUGGGCUACCAGUGCACUUUCUUCCCAAAGCCCUGGUCCCCGUGCCUCGACGUGGAGCAGAACAACGGCCCGGACGGCUGCGCCUUGUUCUUCGUCAAGGAGCGCUUCCAGCUCGUCAACAGCGCCAACAUCCGCCUGACCGCCAUGAAGCUGAAGACCAACCAGGUGGCCAUAGCCCAGACGCUGAAGUGCAACGAAACGGGAAGGCUCUUCUGCAUUGCUGUCACUCACCUGAAAGCCCGUACGGGCUGGGAGAGGUUUCGGUCUGCACAAGGCUGUGAUCUUCUCCAGAACCUGAAGAGCAUUACCCAAGGGGCGAAGAUCCCUCUGAUCGUCUGCGGAGACUUCAACGCAGAGCCAACUGAGGAGGUCUACAGAGAGUUUUCCAACUCCAGCCUCAACUUAAACAGUGCAUACAAGCUGCUGAGCCCCGACGGGCAGUCGGAGCCCCCGUACACCACCUGGAAGAUCCGGCCCUCCGGAGAGUGCCGGCACACGCUGGAUUACAUCUGGUAUUCCCAGCAUGCCUUGAACGUGAACUCAGCCCUGGGCUUGCUGACUGAAGAGCAAAUUGGGCCCAACAGGCUCCCUUCAUUCAAUUACCCUUCUGAUCACCUGUCUUUGGUGUGUGACUUUAGUUUUAAUCAAGACCCCGACAGACUGCUGUAAGGUGUUGGAAUGCCACCUGGUAUUGCCGUGUCUUAACUCACCACUAUUUUAUUUCAGAGAGAACUUUUGAAGCUGGAAGCUCCUGGAGGAUGAGGAAAUGCCUUUGGUUAGACAUUAUUUCAGGCACUUGUUUGGAGUUACUCUUGUCCUUCGGCACUUGUUAUCCUGGAGCCUCCAAGAGAGGAAGAAAGGAGUCGGUGUUCUCCUGGUGGUGGUUUUGCCUUGUCAGGGCUUGAAAAAUGGAAGGAAAAUGAGCUUUAUCCUUUCACUAACCCCUGUGUUUAAGGAUUUAAUCCUCUAAUGAAUGUGGAGGCCUUAGUAUUUAAAUCCAAACACCUGUGUUUGUAAAACAACUUGCCCUAACAGCAUGCUAAUUUUAUUUAUUUCAUGUUAAGCUUAUGCAAGUACCAAAGGGAACGAGGCCCCACUACUCAGUGAGAUCCUCUUCGGUCUUUUUUUUUUUUCUGUUGCAGUAAUGCAGUUCAGACAUGAACAAAUCUAAGCUCAUAUUAAUGUUGUCUUCUCCUUUUUAUGUGACUUGGUAAGAGGAUUUCACUAAAAGUGAAUAGGUAAUAGCACAGUGUGAGGAAGGACCCCUGCAGUAAGAGCAGGUGAGGAAGCAGAGAUAAACUACAUCAUACAGUAACCUCCUCACUUCUCCAGGUGAAGGUGCAUGUGUCCAUUACACACCUGUGGCCUGUAGGUAUACACACAGUGACAAUUACCUUUGCCUCUUCUCUGCUUCCCUCCAGAGGACUCACCUAUCCAGGGAGCAUUUCCUUCUCUGCUUCAAGGAUUAUUUUUCUAAAUGGUUUAAAUUUGUAGUCUUGUCAAUCUUGCUGUUUCAGUAAAGGGCCAAUCCUCAUGUUGAAAUACUUUCUUUUAUUUAUCUUCAAAACCUAAAGCUACACUGGAACCUGCAAGAAGAUAAAAUUUAUUUAUUGAGAGAAGUUGGUGAUCCUGCAUCUGACUUGAAAUCAUACAAAAUGCAUUCAAGAGCCUCUUUCCAUGGCUCAGGGGAGCUCUGGCAAAGUGCUUAGGCUACAGCAGAGCUGUGUUAGUGUAGGAACUGUAGUGCAUGGAAUGGUGCUCAUUGGAACAGCACAGGUAUUGCACACAUGGAUUGUAAACAUGCCACUCUGCUGGAAAUUGACGUAGGAAGAGAGGAGCUGGAAGUUGGAAUGACAUUUAACUAGCUGGGAAAGAUGAGGCAGGGCAAGUAAAGCAGUACUUCCAUGGAUAAUAGGGC